CAAAACUAAAAUUAUUACUGUGGUACUUGUUUCUCGUCCUCGUCGUUGCUCUCGUUGUUGUUGGUGCUGUUCUUGUUGUCGUCGUCGUCGUUGUUCUUCUUCCCGCUCCUGCGGCGCUGCUGCUGCGAUUCUCCUCUUCCUUUUCCUCCUGCUCCUCACUCAUUUCCUCAUCUCAUCUCGUUCUCCCUUCCCCCUCCACCCCCUUCGCCACAACCCUCUCCGCCGCCAUCUUCCCGCCCAAGACAGUUCCUGUCUGGACGCUUCAGUCCAAUGCUUGUUGUAGCUUGAAUGGCCGUCUCCGUCCGCCACCAGCAACCACAUCAUGUCGACUGAUGCCUUCUAUCCGUCGCUGGGCCAGUGCGCCAUCGUCGCAACCGCGUUCAAGGUUCUCCUCUUCCCGGCUUACAAGUCCACCGAUUUCGAAGUCCACCGCAACUGGCUGGCUCUAACAUAUUCGCUGCCCGUCAAACAGUGGUACUACGAGAAAACAUCGGAAUGGACGCUCGACUACCCUCCAUUCUUCGCCUACUUCGAGUGGCUCCUGUCCCAAGUGGCCCAAUUCGCUGACCCGCUCAUGCUCAGCGUGCAAAACCUGGGCUACGACAGCUGGCAGACAGUCUACUUCCAGCGAGCCACGGUCAUCGUCAGUGAGCUAGUCCUGCUGUAUGCCCUGCACCGCUACGUGCGCUCCUCCGGCGCGAAGAAGGCGGCUAACGCCGCCGCUCUGGCCAUCUUCCUGUCACCCGGCCUGCUGAUCAUCGACCAUAUCCACUUCCAGUACAACGGCUCCAUGUACGGCGUCCUCAUCCUGUCCAUCGUACUCGCCCGCGAGAGAAAGCUGUUAUCAAGCGGGCUGCUGUUCGCCGCCCUCUUGUGCAUGAAGCACAUCUAUUUGUACCUGGCGCCCGCCUACUUUGUGUUCCUUCUGCGGGCGUACUGUCUGGCUCCUCGCUCCCUCCUCCGCAUCCAGUUCCUCAACUGCGUCAGGCUCGGCGUCGGCAUCGUCGGCAUCUUCGCCCUCGCCUUCGGCCCCUUUGCGGUGUGGGGCCAGAUCCCUCAGCUACUCUCCAGACUGUUCCCAUUCUCCCGCGGCCUAUGCCACGCGUACUGGGCGCCAAACAUCUGGGCCAUGUAUUCCUUCGCCGACCGCGUGCUCAUCUACCUCGCUCCCUACCUUAAGCUUCCCAUCAGUCGCGAGGCGCUGACCAGUGGCACCCGUGGUCUCAUCGGCGACACGGCCUUUGCUGUCCUGCCCGAGAUCACGCCGCGACAGACCUUCUUGCUCACCAUCGCCGCGCAGCUGCCCGCCCUGGCCAAGCUCUUCUUCUCACCCACCUACCAUACCUUCCUCGGCGCCCUCACCCUGACCGCGUACGCCUCCUUCCUGUUCGGCUGGCACGUCCACGAGAAAGCUAUCCUGCUGAUCAUCAUCCCCUUCCUUCUCCAUUGCCUGAACGACAGACGCCACCUCGGCGCCUUUCGACCCCUCGCCGUCGCAGGCCAUGUCUCUCUCUUUCCUCUACUCUUCACUACCCAGGAGUUCCCGGUGAAGACGGUCUACACCAUCCUCUGGCUCGUCGUGUUCCUCACCGCCUUCGACAGACUGGCCCCCGCCGCCUCCCACCGCAGGUUCUUCCUCCUCGACCGCUUCAGCUUGCUGUACAUCGCCGUCGCCAUCCCCCUCAUCGUGUACUGCUCCCUCGUCCAUGGCCUGCUGUUCAGGCACAGGUACGAGUUCUUGCCUCUUAUGUUCAUUUCAUCUUACUCGGCGUUGGGCGUCUUUGCCAGCUGGGUCGGCUACAUGGUCGUGUACUUCUCCGAAUAGACGCAUCAUGCAUCCAUGACUGGGUGAGAGAUGGUGGAAAAUAAAAAAGAAAUUUGAGGCUCUCACUGCACAGCGCACGCUUGCCAUGUGCAAAACUUUCCGCUAAGCUUCCCCGUUGCAUCAGGGUUCCAAACUUUCAUUUCCGUGC